AUGUCUCUAUCAAGAAAGCUUCUUGUUAUCUUCUUCACAUGGAUAACAGCUCUAUCCAUGUCGAAACCAAUCUUCGUAUCAUCCGAUAACAUGAAUUUCACAUUCAAAUCCUUCACAAUCCGUAACCUCACAUUCCUCGGAGAUUCACAUCUCCGAAACGGUGUCGUUGGGCUCACAAGAGAGCUAGGUGUUCCCGAUACAAGCUCCGGUACAGUAAUCUACAACAAUCCGAUCCGUUUCUACGAUCCGGAUUCAAACACCACGGCGUCUUUCUCCACUCACUUCUCCUUCACCGUUCAAAACUUAAACCCAGAUCCAACCUCCGCCGGUGACGGACUCGCUUUCUUCCUCUCUCACGACAACGAUACUUUAGGAAGUCCCGGUGGUUACUUAGGUCUCGUCAAUUCCUCUCAGCCGAUGAAGAAUCGAUUCGUCGCUAUCGAAUUCGAUACGAAAUUGGAUCCUCAUUUCAACGAUCCAAAUGGUAAUCACAUUGGUUUAGAUGUUGAUAGUUUGAACUCAAUCUCAACUUCAGAUCCUUUGCUUUCGUCUCAGAUUGAUCUCAAAUCUGGUAAAUCGAUAACUUCUUGGAUCGAUUACAAGAACGAUUUACGUUUAUUGAACGUGUUCUUGAGUUAUACAGAUCCAGUCACUACAACGAAGAAGCCAGAGAAGCCUCUUUUAUCGGUUAACAUCGAUCUUUCUCCGUUCUUGAACGGUGAAAUGUAUGUAGGAUUCUCAGGUUCAACAGAAGGAAGCACAGAGAUUCAUCUGAUCGAGAAUUGGAGUUUCAAGACUUCUGGAUUUCUUCCGGUGAGAUCGAAAUCUAAUCAUCUUCACAAUGUUUCAGAUAGUUCUGUGGUGAAUGAUGAUCCUGUUGUGAUACCGAGUAAGAAGCGGAGGCAUCGACACAAUCUUGCUAUUGGACUUGGUAUUUCUUGUCCGGUGUUAAUCUGUUUAGCUCUCUUUGUGUUUGGGUACUUUACUUUGAAGAAAUGGAAAAGUGUGAAAGCAGAGAAGGAGCUUAAGACUGAGCUAAUCACUGGUUUAAGAGAGUUUAGCUAUAAAGAGCUUUACACAGCUACUAAAGGGUUUCAUUCAAGUAGAGUCAUUGGAAGAGGAGCGUUUGGGAAUGUUUACAGAGCUAUGUUUGUUUCCUCUGGGACGAUCUCUGCUGUGAAAAGAUCGAGGCAUAAUUCAACCGAAGGUAAAACAGAGUUUUUGGCAGAGUUAUCGAUUAUUGCUUGCUUGCGGCACAAGAAUCUUGUUCAGUUGCAGGGUUGGUGUAACGAGAAAGGUGAAUUGCUUCUUGUCUAUGAGUUCAUGCCUAAUGGAAGUCUUGAUAAGAUUCUGUAUCAAGAAUCACAAACAGGAGCUGUGGCGCUUGACUGGUCUCAUAGGCUGAAUAUAGCGAUUGGUUUAGCAUCAGCUUUGUCUUAUCUUCACCAUGAGUGUGAGCAGCAAGUGGUUCACAGAGAUAUUAAGACGAGCAACAUAAUGCUUGACAUAAACUUCAACGCAAGGCUGGGAGAUUUUGGUCUAGCUAGACUCACGGAGCAUGAUAAGAGCCCUGUCUCAACUUUAACCGCUGGUACAAUGGGUUACCUCGCACCAGAGUAUCUCCAAUACGGCACAGCGACUGAGAAAACAGAUGCUUUUAGCUACGGAGUGGUGAUCCUAGAAGUUGCUUGUGGGAGAAGGCCAAUAGAUAAAGAACCAGAGAGUCAAAAGACAGUGAAUCUAGUGGAUUGGGUUUGGAGAUUGCACAGUGAAGGAAGAGUUCUUGAAGCUGUGGAUGAGAGAUUGAAAGGUGAGUUUGAUGAAGAAAUGAUGAAGAAACUUUUGCUUGUGGGUCUUAAAUGUGCCCAUCCAGAUAGUAAUGAGAGACCAUCUAUGAGACGUGUUCUUCAGAUACUUAACAAUGAGAUUGAGCCAAGUCCGGUUCCGAAGAUGAAACCUACAUUGUCUUUCUCUUGUGGGUUAAGUCUUGAUGACAUUGUUUCGGAAGAUGAAGAAGGAGACAGCAUCGUGUACGUUGUAUCUUAGUAUAACACUUUUAAUUCUUUCGUUUUGAUUGAUAUUUUUUCAUUUGAUUUUGUAUAAACACUAUGUGUGGCCUUUGGUUCAAUGAGUUUAUAUUGAACCAUUAGGUUUCUGUUUUCAUAUAAAUCUAUCUCAGAAUCUUGAAC